CCUGGGCCGGGACCUCGGCCUCCCAGCUCCCCGCCGCCCCUCCGUCACCGCCGGGUCGGUCCGCCACCCGCCCAUGGCCCAGAAGGUGCUGCCGCUGCUGCUGCCGUUGCUGCUGGCCGCCGCGGGCCUCUGCGGCCUCCUGCUGCUGUGUGUCCCUACUCGCGAAGUCCGGGAGCCGCCCGCCUUCAAGUACGGCAUCGUCCUGGACGCCGGCUCCUCCCACACAUCUGUGUUUAUCUACAAGUGGCCUGCAGACAAAGAGAACGACACGGGCAUUGUGGGCCAACACAGCUCCUGUGACGUGCACGGUGGGGGCAUCUCCAGCUACGCAGACAACCCUGCUGGGGCUGGUCGGAGUCUUGUUCAAUGCCUGGACCAGGCGCUCCGGGACGUGCCCAGGGAGAGACACUGGAGCACGCCCCUCUACCUGGGAGCCACAGCGGGCAUGCGCCUGCUCAACCUGACCAGUCCAGAGGCCUCCGCCAAGGUGCUCGAGGCCGUGACGCGGACGCUGACCCAGUACCCCUUCGACUUCCGUGGUGCCCACAUCCUCUCUGGCCAGGAGGAGGGGGUGUUUGGCUGGGUGACCGCCAACUACCUGCUGGAGAACUUCAUCAAGUACAGCUGGGCAGGCCGGUGGUACCGGCCAAGGAAGGGGACACUGGGGGCCAUGGACCUGGGAGGCGCCUCCACGCAGAUCACCUUUGAGACGACCAGCCUGGUCGAGGACCCUGCUGACCAGGUCCUGCUGCAGCUUUACGGCCAGCAACACCGUGUCUACACCCACAGCUUCCUCUGCUAUGGCCGAGACCAGGUCCUCUGGAAGCUGCUGGCCAGCACACUGCAGAACGGCAGCACCCACCCCUGCUGGCCCCGAGGCUACACCAGGGAAGUGCCGCUCCAGGAAGUGUAUGGGUCCCCGUGCACCGCAGCCCUGCGGCCCCAGGCCUUCGACGGCAGCAGAAAUGUCAGCCUGGCAGGCACCAGCAACCCUGCCCUCUGCCGGGUCCUCGUCCAGGGGCUCUUCGACUUCUCAUCCUGCCCCUUCUCUCGAUGCUCCUUCAAUGGCAUCUUCCAGCCCCCUGUGGCUGGGGACUUUAUCGCCUUCUCUGGUUUCUUCUACACCAUGGACUUCCUGAGCUCGGUGAUGCGGCUGCCUGUGACCACCCCACAGCAACUGGACACGGCUGUGGACACCAUCUGCAAAAAGACGUGGAGUGAGCUGCAGGCUCAGGCGCCGAGGCAAGUGAAACACCUGCCCAGCUACUGCGCCGUGGCCGUGUUCAUUCAGCAGCUCCUGAGCAGGGGCUACCGCUUCGAAGACGAGCGUGCCUUCAGCCGCCUGACCUUCCAGAAGAAGGCGGGGGACACUUCGGUCGGCUGGGCGCUCGGCUACAUGCUGAACCUGACCAACAUGAUCCCCGCCGACCCGCCGGGGCUGCGCAAGGGCAUCGACUUGAGCUCUUGGGUAGUCCUCCUCCUGCUCUUCGCCGCCUUGCUCCUGGCGGCGCUGGUCCUGCUGGUGCGCCAGGCGUGUUCCGCCGAGUCGCCGAGCGCCAUCUAGCGACUGGCUGGGGGCAGCUGCCCCAGCCCCGUCUCCCCCCCCCCCCCCCCCGGCCCAUCCCUCACCCCACCGCCCUCCACGUCUCUGCCCCUAAUGCGGCCCGGAAACCGAGACCAGGACUCUAGCACCCGGGUCCACGGGGGGCCGGGAGCGCGGAGGAAACCGAACCUAGCCCUCAAGCCUGUCCAGCCUUGUCUCCGUCUCGAGGCCUCGUGCCCCUUCUCCUGCAGAGGGUGGGCGAGGCAGACGCCCUAUAUCCCUCAGCCUAUUACUACGGGGAGUGGGUGUCCAGGAAGUGGAGCCUUUAUUCUGACAAUCAGGGUCCUCUGAGACACCCCCCCCCCCACAACACACACACACCCGGUCUGUAUUAGGGGGAGAGUCAGAGCCCAUAGGUUAGGGGCCAGCCCAGUCAGUGCCUGCUUGUAAAACUUGGUAAUAAAACGUCUUUCCCGGA